AAGAGAGACAACCAGUUAGGGUUCCGGCAGCCCCACCGGUGUCAGCAACUCAUUGACCCUAGCGGUAAUAAUGGUGGUCUGUGGUGAUUAUGACGAUGUCUUUGACCCCGAAAACAAUGAAGCUGUUCUACGCUAAUAAUGGUGGCUAUGACUAUGUCUAGAAACCCCAGCCGCCGGUGAAGUUCCGGUCACACUCCGGCAACCCGAUUUACUCUUGUAUGCACUUUAAUUAUUUGUGCAGAUCGACAAACUCCGAGUUAAGAUUUUGCGCAUAAGUGAAUAUGGUAAUACUCUACUAUAAAUUUUAGUGAGAAUUGUGACUGCCAUCAGUGAAAUAGGCUGCCGGCAGUGGUGGUUACGAUGGUGGUGUUUAGAGUAUUAAAAAAUUCAGGAUCCAAAAUCCGAAAUAUUUUGGCUGUUCCUUAUCUUUCAACUAAACACAGAAAAUGAUGAAUCAGGUCAUGUUCUCUUCUUUUUAGUAUGUUAUAUAUCAUGCUGCUGUUCUAAAAAAAUCUAUGAACCAUCUCGCAACACGUGCAAUGGGGGAAUAGAAGGACAAAAGUGUCAUUUUCUCCUUGGUUUUAAAAAGGGUUGAAAAAGAUUGUGUAUAGCAAUAGCAAAAGCAAAACUUAGGGACAUAAGUGCCAUUUGCGUCUUAGAUUUUAAGUGCGCCAUUUAAGUGGUUUGAAAUGGCAAAAUGAACAAACCAGAGGGACGCAAAUGACACCUAAAUAAAGGAGAAACACCACUCGUAUACAAUACGUUAAGCAUAUCUAUUAUUACAUGUAUGAUUCAAACAUAUCUACUUGAUUUAUUGCUUUGAUAAAUCGUACUUGGAUCAAGCAAAGAAAAAUGACCCACCCAAAUGAACAUUUCCUAGUUUAUUGCCUGCCUUAUUGGUGAAAACUAAAAUGCGUGAUAUACCAUUAAUUUAGCUAUUACUUAAUUCUAGAGAGUAAAAAGGGGAUCUAUUGCUACUUGUGUCACCUUCCCUUUAGUUAAGUUUUCUUGAUUUGUUUGUUGAGCUCAAUCAACCAAAAUGAACAUUUAGAAUGUUUGUACACAUUUUCCAGUUUAUUGGUGAAAAAAAAAAAACAAAAUGCAUGAUACCAUUAAUUUCUAGACAGAGAAGUGGAUCAUAGAUAUUGCUACUUUGUUUGUUGAAUGGCCUCAUCAAAACGAACAUUUAGAAUGUUUGUAGAGGAAGAGUUAGGCAUAUUCCCACAUUUCCUUGUGUGGGCAGUUCUUGAAUGGAUGCUAAUCAUAUCACUAUACCUUGAUGGAUUCUUUACGUUUGUCUCCAACAAAUUCGCCGAUACGUUUGAAUUAGAGCCCCCGUGUGUGCUAUGCACACGCGUCGAUCAUGCACUUUGUGGGAAGAACCCCAAUUUGUAUUACAACGACUCAAUAUGUGAUUCUCACAAGAAAGACAUAUCCUCUUUAGCAUACUGUCAGGUCCAUGCAAAGCUUUCUGAUAUUCGAACCAUGUGUGAAUCAUGUCUUCUUUCUUUUGCAAUUGAAAAAGACUCCGAAAAAGACUUAGAUGAGCACAAGCCAGUGGUGAAAAAAGUAAAGGAAGGUAAUAAAAUAGACGAUCCAAAUAUAUGUUCGUGUUGUGGCGAGUCUUUGAAGCCGAAACAACCUACUAAAGAGUUUUCUAAAAGCUUAUCAAGCCUUCGUGCAUCUUCUCUAUUUUCAACAUCUUCCCCUAGAGCAUCGUCUUUGUUUCCACCUUCUCCUAGAGCAGCAUCCUCUCCUAGAGCGUCCUCUUCGUUGUUGCUUGCUUCUUCUCCUAGAGCUUUUUCUUCUUCGCUGUUCCCAACUUCUUCACCUAGAGCAUUUUCUUCAUUAGCACCAAUGUGUUCCCCUAGAGCCUUUUCAUCACAAUCUCGGUUUACAGACCUCAAGUUUGUGUAUGAUAAUGAAGCAGACAUGCCCGAGGACGAAUACACGAAUGCAAAACAUUCUGAAGAAGAUGCAAGCAAAACCUCUAGUAUUGUAAAAGGAAACAAGUUCUUUGGUAUACCGUUAACAGAAGCAAUUGCCAGUAGUCCUAGAUGGGCUCUUAAACCUCCCAAGAAAGCAGCUCCGUUAGAAAAGGUCGAUUUGGCUUCAGAAAGCAUCGAAGAACAACCAACAGACGAGUAUUCGACUAUUCAACAACUAAAGAAACAAGUUAGCGACAACAGAAAAACACUUGUAACAUUGUAUAUGGAACUUGACGAAGAGCGCAGUGCUGCCACUGUUGCAGCUAACAACGCGAUGGCUAUGAUCACACGAUUACAAGCCGAAAAAGCUGGCGUUCAUAUGGAAGCAUUGCAGUAUCAAAGAAUGAUGGAUGAACAAGCUGAGUAUGAUGAAGAAGCCAUUCAGAUCCUUAAAGAUUUGCUUCUAAAAAAGGAGGAAGAUGUUAGGAUUUUGGAAGCUGAACUUGAUACUUAUCGAGGGCGAUAUGGAGAAAUCAGGAAACGAGGCAGUGAUGAAUAUGACGAUGAUGAUUUUGAGACUCGGUCUUGUGGUGGUGACAAAUUAUCUGAGAGCUGGAAAGACGACAAUGUAAAUGCAGGCGUAAACAGAAAGGAAUCGGAUUUUGAAAUGGAAAGAUCUCAACUGUUUGGAAUGUUGAAAGAUAUUGAAAAUCAUAUUCAUUCAUCUUCAGAACAAUAUCAUCAUCAAGAUAACAAUAAAGGUGACGAGGGAGACGAUGCUACACUUAGGCAAGAGGUUAAUCAACUAAGAGAGAAGUUGGCAGCCAUUGAAGCCGAGAGCGGAUUUUUGAAGCAAACCGCGAUGGCACUUGAAAAGGGUGAUGAAGGAACAAAACUUCUAACUGAGAUUGCCGAACAUCUUAGAAAACUUCAAACUUAAUCUCCAUCAUUUAUUCUUAUAUCUAUAUGAUAAAUUCAUUUCGUUUUAGAUGAGCCUAGCUUUUAUUCAAAUUCAGGGUUUAAGUGUGAGAAACAAUUGUGUUGAUAUUUCUAAACCUUGUUUUGGUCUA